AUGGCUCAGGCAUCCACUGCUGUGGCGCCGGACGAUGUUCUCGUAGAGGAAAACAAGAAGGAGGACGAGGCUCCUCCCGCGACACCGGAAGAGGCGCAAGCCGAGGAGAACGGCGAGGAACAGGUGGUGUCGAUUCCAAGAAAGACCUUCUUCGUCGAUGAGGAAGAGUUGGAAGAGACGGAAAGAAAAACCCUGUUGCAGCGAAUCAACGACUGGGCGAGUAGUGGUGUGGUUUAUUUGCCCAAGAGCGUGGACAUAGCGAACAAGAGGGUCAACAUCGUCUACUGCUUCCUGGAGAUUGUAGUCCUGGCACUGACCAUUUGGUACUUCGUGCAACGGCCCGAGCAAUACUCCGUGUCCUUAACACCGGACGCUCAGGUCACCUUCUGUGGCAGUCGCUGUGAGCCGCUGCCAAGCAGGAUGGAUGCGAUGACCGAUCAGGACUCCUCGUCGUACUGUGGCUCGUUGACCUACACCAAUGGAGCAGACAGCUAUGGCCCCUUCGAGUGCCUCCGUCGCUGUGGACAUCCGAACUCCACGACGCACUGUCUUCAGCCCUCCGAGCUUCUUCGGAUCUCCGGAGAGGAGGCCUUCGUGCCCACGUCCUAUCGACUCACCGAUACGCUGCAAGCGGUGAACGGCUCCUGUGCCAUGGGCUACACACUCCAAAGUUCUGUGUGUGUAUGGCAGCAGGAUUACUUUGUGCCAGCCAUCGAGAAGUUGGCAGUCUCGUUUAAUCAUCAGUUUGUGGUCUAUCCCGUCUACAACAGCCUGAGCUUCAUGGAGCGUGCACCGCCGCUCAAGGCUCAUUCGGGCGCCUAUAAAUCGCAAGGCUGGGAUGUGGGGCUGCUUUCGGUGCUCUUCAGUCCCAGUGGUGCUGAAGUGAAGCGUUUUCAGCCCGGACAAGGUGUGACUUUGACGCUCGAGGAAAUCCUGCAAGCUGCCUACGUGGAAGGAGCAGACAGCAUAGGCCUCGACAGCGUCUAUUCCCGUGCGGAUGCGGCCGUGAGCAGUCUACCCGCUCGUUUGACCGGCUUAGCUGUGACGAUCGACAUUUGGACGACCUCGUCACAGACCUGUGAGAUACAUCACACCAUCCAGACCGAGAAGCCGAAAGAGGUGCAAGUGGAAUGGUCAGGACCCAUCGCCUGCAUGUCAGUGCAUGUGGACCAACGCUGGGCCAAGCAGCAGGAGGAGCAAACUCUGGGCGCCUUGGGCAUGCGGGUGGUGAACAUGAAUGGCGUCCAUGUGAAGUUUCGACAGAUGGGUUCCUUCUACUUCCUGGAGGAACAGGCCCUGCUGCGCAACAUCACUGUCGUGUUGCUUUGGGUUCAGUUUCCGGUGUUGAUCUGCUACUGGUUUUGCAUGCUCUUCCUGGGCAUGCUUUCAGGGAUCUACAGCGCCGUUCUGCACCAGGAAGUGAACGUCGCCGAGGGCCUCAAGGGCUUCUCCGCGAGACUCUUGACCUACAGCAGCGCGUUCAUGAACCUUCGGGGGAAGAGCGACAACUUGAAGAGCGACGGCGUCUCCAAGAAGUGCGUCUCGGAACGGCUCUCAAAGAUCUGCGAAAACUUGGAGGUGGAGGACACGGUGCUGGAGCAACUGAGCCAUGUGAUCUUCCACAGUGGGCCCGGCACGGUGAUGGCGGAAGAUCAGCGAGGGGAAAGGCACCGUGAGGCAGUUUUGUCAGUGAUCCACACUGAGCGCCUGAGCAGACUACGUCAGUAUUUGUGCAAGAGAGCUUCAUGGCUAUGCGCGGCAGAGGAUGAGGACCGUCAGUUGGCGCAGAACAUCUUCCACGCGCGAUCGCUGCUGCCGUGGGCGCCGAGCGCACGUGUUGAGGCGGGUCUUUAUGACGACAGCCCUGUGGACACCUCUUCAGUGAUGAGGAUGCUGAUCCCGGAGGUGGGCGAGAUGCGCAAAGCCUCCGAGGGCGGGAUCCAGAGCAUCGGGCAGCCGGGAGGCUUGACCUUCGAUGCCGUCGAGGUACCGGUUCGUUGGAACUUCUCGUUGAGUGCCGGCGGCAUGCCCAACAACCUCCGCGACCUCCGCUACCGACCACCGAAGGUGGGCGCCCACGAGCCCACCGAGGUCGGCGCCGGAGGCGCGAAACAUGGCCCCGCGGUGUGGCGUGAGCAAGCCUUGGAGGGAAUCAAAACCAGUGACAUCAUCUCCACCUUGCCUGGUGAUGAGCGCCGGUGA